AUGGCUGAAAAAACCAACACCACCACUGAAGCGGACAUCAAAGCAGAACCGGAAAUGAUGGCUGAGAAGGACAAUGCCAACGCAGAACCGGAAAAAGCGACAGAGGCCAAGACUGAACUGUCCAAGAGAUCUGAAUUCAGUUCGGAGAUGUUCAAGAUCCAUUUGAGCAAUAUCCCAGCGGGAAUGCACAUUGGUCAAAUCAAGAAGAUGUUGAAGAAAUGGGACAUCGACUACCAUAAGCUCAAGCCCACUGGAGCCAAAAACAAAUAUAUGUACAUCAAUUUUGCCAAUGAUGAGGACCGAAAUAAGGCUAUCGACAAACUCGAUGGUCUGGAAUAUCGCGGUCGAGUAUUGAAGGCCCAAAUUGCUCAGGCGGCCAAGGAUCCCUUUCUGAAGAAGAAAGAAGACGACGAACCAGAGGACACGCGACCCACUUUGGUGCGUUUGAUGGAAGCUGUAUGUCCAUUGUCGGGCCUACCCUACGAGGAGCAAGUGCAGAAAAAGUUCGAAAAGUGUGCAGAGCUCAUGAAAGGAUUGUCUCAGGAAGUGAUGAAGGGUCUCAGUGCGUACAAGAUACCCAAUUUCAACCUGACAGAAGACAAUAUUGCGGUGGUAGAACCCGUGUUGCGGUCACCUGUUACUGCCGGAUAUCGGAAUAAGUGUGAGUUUACAGUGGGAAGUAAUCCGGAGACGAAAGAGAUCCUGGUAGGAUUCAGAUUGGGAAAGUACAAGGCAGGGAUUAUUAACGUGGCCACGGUUGACGACAUUCCAAUAGUGUCGGAUGAAAUGAAACAAGUGGCCAGAAUGUUUCAAGAUUUUGUGACCAAAACGGGGCUGCCACCGUACAAUAUUUGUAGCCAAGAAGGCUAUUGGAAGCACAUCACCGUCCGGUCCAAUCGGAAAAAUGAGGUGAUGGUGAUUGGAGUGAUCCGUGGAGACGAUCUCACAGAUGCGAGAAAAAUAUCCUUAGGACAGGAAUUUUCGGAGGCAAUGACGGCCGCUCCCGACAAAGCAAAUAUAGUAUCCGUCUAUCUGCAAUUUACGCAACAAAUGAAGAAAGGGAACAAACGAGAUGGGCCCUUAUACACUCACAUCAGUGGUCAAGAACGACUCCAAGAAGAUGUUUUGGGUGCCAAGUUCUCCAUUUCCCCCGGUGCGUUUUUCCAAGUUAAUGUCCAAGGUGCCGAGCUCCUAUUCAAAACUAUUGGGGAUCUGGUCAAUCUGGACCCAGAGAGUUCCACAGUAUUAGACGUCUGUUGUGGUACCGGAACCAUUGGAAUUUGCUUGGCCACCAGAUGUAAGAAAGUGAUCGGGGUAGACAUCAUUGAAUCCGCAGUGGAUGAUGCCAAUCAGAACGUGAAAGAAAAUGGAUUGACCAAUGCCAAAUUCAUGGCUGGCCGAGCUGAACAUUUGUUGGAUCGCAUUUGCCGAGAGCACGCCUCGCCAGAAAAUACCGUGGCAAUUGUAGAUCCACCUCGAGCUGGCCUUCAUCCCAAGGCUGUCCAUGCCAUUCGUUCGUCCAAGAUCCAGAAAUUGGUCUACAUUAGUUGCGAUGCCAAUGCUGCCAUGGGGAACUUCAACAUGUUGACCCGACCUCCAUCCAAGACAUUGUCCGGAGAUCCUUUCAUCCCGACCAAAGUAAUCCCUGUGGACCUUUUCCCUCAGACCAACCAUUUUGAAACAAUUCUCAUUUUUGAGCGAUUUCCUAUGACCAAAUUGAUUUUAGAGGAAUUGUGAAAAUACAAGAGCGUGGAUGAAAUUGGAAUAAA